GGCUGCAUGAUAGAUCAGCCUGACUGACAGGCCAUUACGCUGGUCACUUCAACGCAACUUACAUCUACCUUGAUCCAUAUAUCAGAUCAAGCUUGAUGUAACAGCGGGGUAUCCCUGGAUGACUUGACAUCCAUAGGUAGGUAUUCAGAUAAGGAGCUGGCAGCAUGGUCAGCACUGGUGGUGGAAUAUAGAGCGCGUUCCAUUUUGAUCUCAUCUCAUCAAAGAAUAAUCUAGGCAUUAAGUUUUCUCGGAAACCCGGUGCCAAGCUCCAGGCCGAUCGGCACCCGCUCAUCCGCCCGGAGCGGUUUUGACAUGUGCCCCCGAUUCAACUUCAUCGCGGCUAUUUUAUAGUUUAAUCAUAUCCUAGACGUCUACAACGAAUGAACCGAAGUGCUCAUUAUCGGUCUUCUAGAAUUUUUCUACCAAGCUUUCUUCCUUCGACUUAUCCAACAAGACACUCAACUCAUUGCCUCUGCUGCUGGAGCAAUAGCUGUUCAUGCUCCUCGGCUAAUAUAGACAGCCAUGGACAACGACAACAGACAACCACCGGGAGCACAACCACAAAACGAUACAUCUGCAAAAUCGAAAGGAAAGGCCACAGAUAACGGUUCUGGAAACUCUGACUCUAUCACCAGCCGACUUCAGGCUUCUGGCAGGCUUGCUCUCCAUGCUUUCGGAACGGGUCCAGAUAUAAGUGGCCAGCGACCAGACGAAAAACCUAGCUCCAGUGGCAGCAGCAUCACUGGGAGAAACUCAUCUAGUACGGGCGACGCGUCAUCGCACAGGUUGCGCUCAACAGCCCAUGGUGAACCGUUACGCUCACAGACAAAUUUGGUUUCUGGUGCAUCGGCCGAAGCAUUUGACGCCUUCUUCAGUGCCGACACUACGUUAGAGGUUGAGGAUGCCAGUCAAUAUGGAAGGCUCCCAAACCAAAGUCACCAUAUACCAUCUACGCCAAGCGCUGUUCUGGAGCAAGAGAAGAUGGAUGGCGCUGCUGUAGUCAACCUACUCGAUGAUUCAUCUGGGGGACUUGAUGGUGUUUUGCUCGGAGCUCAUGAUCCGGAUACCGAAGAUGAAGGCCUUACACCAGAGGCGGCAGCCAAGCUGAGAGAAACCCUAUUCCCUGCAGAUUCGGUUUUCUCUGGCUUUCGCUGGGAUGAUUUACUCAACUUUAACCCCGAGUUUCUUGAUCAGGCAGGACCUGAAGCAGAUUUCGAACGGCAGCUUCACUUUGGUACAACGAGUGCCGACGAAGUGAGGAAUAGCUACCUUGAGCAAUGGGACAAGGUGUUGAAUGGGUAUACAGAAUAUGUCUGGGGGGAUUUAGAACCUCUGAUAGCUGAAGCUCGAAGAGAAGUCGAAGAAGUUAAGACUCAAGGUCUUGAUGCUGUGCCUCAGACAAAGGCACUGGAUCGGCUACGACAGAUUUUGGGCCAUGUCCGAGGGUUUUGAAGAAUUAAGUUACAGGUCGAUCUCAAAUAUUUUGACCAGCAGUAACAAUCAUACUUGGGGUAUAAAUGUAUUUAUAUGAACACUGACUUCGAAACAAUGGCUAAUGUGAGGUUAAUUGAUCGAGUCAAUUUUAGCUUGGUGCCAAGGGUUGCUCAGUCAACAAGG